GGGCUCUUUUUCCCAACACGCUCGAGUACCUGAGAUAGGACGGACCGGAAGGGGUACAUUGCUUCGCCACGUUGGCGGAGAAGGGAGGACAGAGAGGACGUCUACAUUUGCACGCCAUCCUGCAGCGGAGGCAACGCAGGAGCGAUUAGUUGAAGUGGAGGAAGUUUUCGAGGCGGCUGUAGAACUUCCAAUCGAGGACUUCACGUCUGCCUCGGAGGAGUGCAAGAGGGAGGGCACGUCGGUCGAAAGAGGUAAAGGCGGGAAAGGCGGUACAGGCGGGGAAGGGAGGCACUGUUGGCUUAUUCCGGACCACCUUGCUCUUUACGUAGUGAAGGCGAAGGAGGACGUGGACGCUGAUACCGAUGGCGGGAAGAGUAUCCCGAUCCGUCUCGUCCAUGGCGGCUAUGGCGGCGCUGCUGCUACUGGCCUUAAUGCAGUUCGCCAUCCACGGACAUGCUGCGUCCCCGCCUCCUGGUACGGUGAAGAUCGAGGGUUUCAGUUACAACGGCGAUGGCUGCCCACCUGGUUCCGCCGAGGGCUCAGUGUCCGAUGAUGCGAGAGCGCUCACCGUCAUGUUCAGCAAGUACACUGCCACGACAGACGCUGGCAAUUCCGGUCUGAGGAGGGCGUGCACGGUGACGGCCGUGCUGAGUUAUCCGCAAGGGUUCCGCUUUCACCUGGUGGACGUCACGCUGCGCGGGUACGCCAAGCUGGACGCUGGCGUGACCGGAACCAUUCAGACCAGUUACUAUAUCUCCGGGGUAAAAGGGACGGCACGAGCUAGGCGCGUCAUCCCCGGCGCGUUCGAUGACAACUUUGAGUACACGGACAGUUUCGCUGCAGCCGUCUACAGCGAGUGCAACAGCGUCAGGAACCUCCAGCUCGUCUCCGAAGUGCGAGUGAGUCCUGCGAAGCCACCGAAAAGCGGCCUCUUGACCAUCGACUCUCAGGAUCUUCGGCUCACGGAAGUCUUCGCCAUCACCUGGGAGUCCUGCUAAACCCCAGGCCACUGCCACCUUGUCGGCUCGGCACGUAGCAACCGACGAAACUAGGCUACAUGCUCACGGAGCACUUCCGUAGCGAAAUCAUCCUGUGCAUGUCCUCGGGUGCGACUGUCGGUGUAGAUUCUGUAUCUCUGCAAAACUCUCGACUUGUACUCAUAAUUUUUGUAUAGGUCGGUUAAUAGUAGGCGUAGCUGGUGGAGGCAGUUGAGGACUCGAAUUUCUGCUGAUUUGAAGGACUUUCCAUCGCUCAUGUGGGAGUAACUAGAUCCCAGACGGACUAGCCAAGGCACCUCUCUCUCCCUCUAUCUCUAUCUGUGUGUGUGUGUGUGUGUGUGCGCGUGCGUGUGUUGCGCGCGUGUGCGUGCGCACCCGCGCUAAGGCGGAGCAUCUCUCUUUCUGUGUAUCUCUCGUUCUCGCCGUGUGUGCGGUCGUGAUUUGAUGCUUACCACUCGGUUUACGACGGUGUUCUUUGAGCUGCGGACGUAGUUAGACGAAUCUCGACCUUGCGGAAAAGUAUAGGAUUCGCCCAUGACUUAGCGGUAUAGCAUAUUGUCACUCUUAUGAAAUUCGAGGAAUGAGAUGUGGAUAAAGCCACUGAGCUUUCUUUCACGUCGUCGCUUCUUCCCGUAACCUAUGCGCUUUAUAUGCUCUUUGGAUUUGUCAGUUUUCACUUCACAGCGGCCGUGUUGUCUUUUUGUCACUGAAGACAGAACGAACGUGUUUUUCUUUUCCUUUUGAACUCUCCCACUCCCUUUUUUUGUGGACCAUCUCUUGGUCGGCGCGUGCAAUUCUGUCGGUCUUCUGUUCAUCCUGCCUUGCCCAUCCAAGAGUUUCGUGUCUGAAUUUCAUGAGUGAAUUCGCUCACUUACUGACAAUCCAUCCCCCCGCCUUCAGCCCCGCAGUGGAAAGAAAAAUCAUUUCCCUUUGGUUAGUCCGCUCCUUCUCCUGCGCUCGGUUUUGUCGCGUUGGUUGAGGCUGCUCGCUCAUGCUGAUGUUUUUUUUCAUCUCGUUUUCUCUGUUUUGAUUUUUGUCGCUUGUAUUAAUGUUUUCCCCAUCUCGCUCGCUUUCGACUUCCCACGAACUCCUCUCGUUCGUUUUUCCUUUCGAAUCCGAGUGUGUGUGAAGUAUCCCUUUACCCGCUUCGGGUGAGCUUUCGCUUACAUGCUGCUUUCAUUUCAGAGCGGGAUGAUAUACUCAAGUCAAUGCCGUGGAUCCUAUGGGUGCAAGAGCUUUUCCUUCUCUUUACCUCCGUCCUCUCACCCACUCCACUGGCUCGAAAACUGAAUUACGAAGCAAGCAGAGUAGAGGGCCAUAUGGUAGACGUGAUUAUCUCGUACUGCUGGCAUAUAUAUAUAUAUAUACAGCCCCUCGUUUGUUGUCCUCUUCUCUCUCUCUGCCUACGGUUUACCGGGCAGUUCUAUUUGUGACGAUAUAUACAUACAUAUGUAUAUGUAUCAAACCGAGCUGGCCCGUGAGAGAGAGAGAGAGAGAGAGAGAGAGAGAGAGAGAGUAGGCUACGUGGUUCUCCCAGCAGUGUACUCCGGGCAAGUCGCCCGGGGUCAUUUGCACGGGGCACCCUGGGCAAGAAAGUAAGUUUAAAACGGCCUUUCUUUUUUUUUGGGUUUUUGGGUGCAGGUUUUCUGAGCAUGGCUAGAGCCCAAAUCCAGGAUCCUUUCUUUUUUCGAGCGUCGGUACUAAAGAGGGGAAGACACCCGGGGUUGAAGGGGUGCCUUUGUCUGUUUCUGUUGUUUUGUUUAUUAUUCUGGGACUCCAAGAGGAAUUCUGAUGUAACCCUCACGUGAUCGGACAAAAAAUCACUGGAGGAUAACUUCGGUUUAAACGUAUAAAUAAACAUGGUGUAAUGUU